AUGCCUUUACAAGGUCACAACCGAUGUCCAGUCGUUAUUACCGUGGACAUUAUUGCAAUUUUAUUUCUCCUUCAUUACUGUAGGUUUUUCUUUCUUUCUUUAUUGUUCUAUUUAUUUUUUUCUCCUCCUAACCAUUCUUUUUUCUAUCUGGUUAUUGUCUUCUUCUUCCUCCUUCUUCUCUUUAUCCCGCUCCGCGUCCUUUUAUCUUUUCCUCCUCCUCCUCCUCCCCCUCAUUCUUCUUCUUCUUCUUCUUCUUCUUCUUCUUCUUCUUCUUCUUCUUCUUCUUCUUCUUCUUCUUCUCAUUCCUUUUCCUCUUCUUCUUCUCGUCCUUUUAUCUCUUCAUUCUCAUUCUUCUUCUUCUUCUUCUUCUUCUUCUUCUUCUUCUCGUCUUUUUAUCUCUUCUUCCUUCUUAUUGUUCUUCGCAUUCCUCUUCUUUUUCUCGUCCUUUUAUCUCUUCCUUCUCAUUCUUCUUCUUCUUCUUCUUCGUCUUCUCUUCCUUUUAUCUCUUCUUCCUCCUCAUUGUUCUUCGCAUUCCUCCUCUUCUUCUUCUUUCCUCUUUUUCUUCUUCCUUUCUUCUUCUUCGCUUCAGUCUUUCCCCUCCUUUUACUUUUUUCUGAUUCUUCAUUUUUAUUCUCCUCCUUCUUUUCUUUCUUCCGUUUCUCCUCCUUUUUCUUCUUCUUCUUCUUCUUAUUAUUAUUAUUGUCCAUAUCAUCAUAA